UUUUCUUUACCAUUAAAUGAAAACAACGACCGAAAGGCUCACAACAACUUUGAGGACCUUAAGAAAUACGACGGCUCCUCCAAACACAACGGAUUAGAUAAUAGUAAACGCCAUAAAAACUUAUCAAUGGAUCAACAUUUGGCACAAAAAAACUCGCAUUUCGUUGAAUUGAGUACAAUAUCGGAGGACAACGAACAGAUAUCCUCCGAGAAAAACACCACAAUAGGCACCAGCGAUGAUAUCAAGCACAUACUGAUCGCCAACUAUUACCCGGAUGGUCACUAUAGAGAGGAUAUCACUACACAA